AUGCUCGGACAGGUAUGCAAAAGUUUGGCCACGCAAAUAUCGGAGCAAGUUGUCGCACCAUCUCCACCUACGCAGUUUAUCACUAUCGACAGCGAUGAUGAACUCGUGGAACUCGACGAAAUUGAUCCAGUAUAUGUAGAGGCAGACGAUAUUGAAGAAGAAUCGGAGGCUUCUUCCCAGCACUACACCAAUAACAAUGACUUGGCAAAAGACAUGCUACAGCGAAUAGACAUGAUGGAAGAAUACAAGCAGAUGUUAGCAGAAGCAGCCAAGCACCUACGCGGGAAGGAAUAUUUGUUAAGACUCGCUCGCCGAGCUGAACUUCCAGAGACUGGACGUCCGCAGUCAUUUACAGGAAUUCGGAAGCUGCAUAAGAGAUCAGACGUGCAUAAAGAGAGGGCAAAAAGGCAUAAGACCGAUGACGAUUUACCACACGUUCAGCAGGUUUGUAAGCUGUGUGUGUGUGUUUAAUU